CGUCCGCUCGCUGUGGGGCCAGGGCUGAGGUGUCAGCGCCGCUGCGGCCGGGGCGAGAGGCGGGCGAGCAGGAGCGCGCAAGCAGCCCCGGGCGCCGGCGGGGGCGGCGGGAGCACCAUGCGGAUCGGCGCCCAGCGCCCUGCAGACCCCUCGCGAGGCAGAGAGGCCGGGGCGGCGCCGGGGCGGCGGGGAGCAUGAGGGCGGCCGGGGACCGGCUGGGUUCGGAGCUCUACUAGGAAGCGGCGUGCGCUGAGCACUAACCCGGACGCGGCGGAGGGCGGGAGCCAAGCGCCCGGGGCUGUGGGCAUUUUGGACGCGGACGCAAGGGGCCCGGAGCCAGGGGCUCCGGCACGCAGCCGACAUGGGCAACGCGGGGAGCAUGGACUCGCAGCAGACCGAUUUCAAGGCGCACAACGUGCCAUUGAAGCUGCCGAUGCCCGAGCCAGGUGAACUGGAGGAGCGCUUUGCCAUCGUGCUGAAUGCUAUGAACCUACCUCCUGACAAAGCCAGGCUACUGCGGCAGUAUGACAAUGAGAAAAAAUGGGAGCUGAUCUGUGAUCAGGAGCGAUUCCAGGUGAAGAACCCUCCCCAUACAUACAUACAGAAGCUCAAAGGCUACCUGGACCCAGCUGUAACCAGGAAGAAAUUCAGAAGGCGUGUUCAAGAAUCUACACAAGUGCUAAGAGAACUGGAAAUUUCAUUAAGAACCAACCACAUUGGAUGGGUCAGAGAGUUUUUGAAUGAAGAAAACAAAGGCCUUGAUGUUCUUGUGGAGUAUUUGUCUUUUGCACAGUAUGCAGUCACUUUUGACUUUGAAAGUGUGGAAAGUACCGUGGAGAGUACGGUGGACAAAUCAAAGCCCUGGAGCAGGUCCAUCGAGGACCUGCACAGAGGGAACAACCUGCCCUCACCUGUGGGCAACAGUGUGUCCCGCUCUGGAAGACAUUCUGCACUUCGAUAUAAUACUUUGCCAAGCAGAAGAACCCUGAAAAAUUCAAGAUUAGUGAGUAAGAAGGAUGAUGUUCACGUUUGUAUCAUGUGUUUACGAGCCAUCAUGAAUUACCAGUAUGGCUUCAACAUGGUCAUGUCUCAUCCACACGCCGUCAAUGAGAUUGCACUAAGUCUGAACAACAAGAAUCCCAGAACAAAAGCUCUUGUCUUGGAGCUGUUGGCAGCCGUUUGUCUUGUCAGAGGCGGGCAUGAAAUAAUUUUAUCAGCUUUUGAUAACUUCAAGGAGGUCUGCGGAGAAAAGCAGCGUUUCGAGAAGCUGAUGGAACAUUUCAGGAAUGAAGAUAAUAACAUAGACUUUAUGGUGGCCUCUAUGCAGUUUAUUAAUAUUGUAGUCCAUUCAGUAGAAGACAUGAACUUCAGAGUUCAUCUACAAUAUGAAUUCACCAAAUUAGGCCUGGAUGAAUACUUGGAUAAGCUGAAACACACAGAGAGCGACAAGCUGCAAGUACAGAUUCAGGCUUACCUGGACAAUGUGUUCGAUGUGGGAGCUCUGUUGGAAGACGCAGAAACCAAGAAUGCUGCCUUGGAGCGGGUGGAGGAACUGGAAGAAAACAUCUCUCAUUUGUCUGAAAAACUGCAGGACACAGAGAACGAAGCCAUGUCCAAGAUCGUGGAACUGGAAAAGCAACUUAUGCAGAGGAAUAAGGAACUGGAUGUUGUCCGGGAAAUCUACAAAGAUGCAAAUACCCAAGUUCACACGUUAAGAAAAAUGGUCAAAGAAAAGGAAGAAGCCAUUCAAAGACAGUCUACCCUGGAAAAAAAGAUUCACGAACUGGAGAAACAAGGAACCAUUAAAAUUCAGAAGAAAGGGGAUGGGGACAUUGCCAUACUGCCAGUCAUGGCCUCUGGCACGUUGUCCACGGGGUCAGAACUAGCAGUGGGUAACUAUGUGGGAUCAGUUCCAGGGGCCACCACCUCAGGACCCUCAGUGCCUCCUCCCCCACCACUACCUCCGUCCUCAGAAACAGCUGAAGCAGCACAAAAUGGAAUGGCAUCGCCACCUAUGUCCCCACCUCCUCCCCAUUUGCCCACCUCAGCUUCUACUGUAGCAGUGACAUCUGUGAAGUUCUCAAAGAUACAAAGAUGCCUUUUCAAUUUCCUGGUAAAUUUGUGGCUUAUUUUUACCCUUCAAGAUCUUCCAUGUUUACCACUUUCUUCUAGAACUUUUAUUGCUUCGGAAGAGGAAAGGUGGAGGAGAGUCGCCAUGGAGCUAUUGGAUUCUGAAUAUGGGCCAAUCAAACUUUUCUCUGUGAAAAUUAAGAAGCCAAUCAAGACGAAGUUCCGAAUGCCAGUGUUUAACUGGGUCGCCCUGAAGCCCAAUCAGAUCAACGGCACAGUCUUCAAUGAAAUCGAUGAUGAGCGGAUCCUAGAGGACUUAAAUGUGGACGAAUUCGAAGAAAUAUUCAAGACAAAAGCCCAAGGUCCUGCCAUUGAUCUUUCUUCAAGCAAGCAGAAAAUAACACAAAAGGGAUCAAGUAAAGUGACAUUAUUAGAAGCAAAUCGAGCCAAAAAUCUUGCCAUAACUUUAAGGAAAGCCGGGAAGUCUGCGGAUGAGAUAUGUAAAGCUAUUCAUGUGUUUGACUUGAAGACGCUACCGGUUGACUUUGUUGAGUGUUUGAUGAGGUUCUUGCCAACUGAGAACGAGGUCAAAGUGCUUCGGCUGUACGAGCGAGAGAGGAAGCCCUUGGAGAACUUGUCAGACGAGGACCGCUUCAUGAUGCAGUUCAGUAAGAUUGAGCGGCUCCUGCAGAAGAUGACCAUCAUGGCCUUCAUUGGGAACUUCACAGAGAGCAUUCAGAUGCUGACUCCUCAACUUCACGCAAUUAUAGCAGCAUCAGUCUCUAUCAAGUCAUCUCAAAAGCUCAAGAAAAUUCUGGAGAUCAUCUUGGCCCUUGGAAACUAUAUGAAUAGCAGCAAACGAGGAGCAGUCUAUGGAUUUAAACUUCAGAGUUUAGAUCUGCUCUUAGAUACGAAGUCGACAGACCGAAAGCAAACACUGUUGCACUAUAUAUCAAAUGUGGUAAAAGAAAAAUAUCAGCAAGUUACUCUGUUUUAUAAUGAGCUUCAUUACGUGGAAAAAGCUGCGGCAGUGUCCCUGGAAAACGUUCUGCUGGAUGUCAAGGAGCUGCAGAGGGGAAUGGAUUUAACCAAGAGAGAGUACACCAUGCAUGACCACAACAUGCUGCUGAAAGAGUUCCUCCUUCACAACGAGGGCAAGCUGAAGAAACUACAGGAUGACGCUAAGAUUGCUCAGGAUGCCUUCGAUGAUGUGGUGAAGUAUUUUGGCGAAAAUCCCAAGACAACGCCACCCUCGGUGUUCUUUCCUGUCUUUGUUCGAUUUGUGAAAGCCUACAAGCAAGCAGAAGAGGAAAAUGAGCUGAGGAAAAAGCAGGAACAAGCUCUUAUGGAAAAACUGCUAGAGCAAGAAGCCUUGAUGGAGCAGCAGGAUGCAAAGUCUCCUUCCCAUAAAUCAAAGAGGCAGCAGCAAGAGUUAAUUGCGGAAUUAAGAAGGCGACAAGUUAAAGAUAACAGACAUGUAUACGAGGGAAAAGAUGGUGCCAUUGAAGACAUUAUCACAGAUCUUAGAAACCAACCCUACAGACGAGCCGAUGCGGUGAGACGAAGUGUGAGACGGCGCUUCGACGAUCAGAACCUGCGUUCUGUUAAUGGUGCCGAAAUAACAAUGUGACUGGAGACCACCUUCAUGAGAGGGUGUCCAAGAAACUGCCAUUCCAGCCUUCACUACAGAUGAAAUACUCUCAAGGGCUCAGAUUUAACAAACACAUAGGAACUUAAAAAUGAUGGGUUCUCUUUUUAACCCCUGUUAACAAGUGCCUAAAAUUGGAAGUAACUUGCUCAGAUUAAUCAAAGCAAUAGGAUUUGACUUAAAUCUUUUUACAUCAGUAUGUUAUUCAGUUUUUAAACCAAAAUGUAAACUUCAUAUUAAAUUCAUUAUUUGCCAUUGUGAUUGUCCAUUAUGGCCCACCCUGAUUUCCUGGUAAUCUGUAAAUAACGGAUGUGUGUGCUAAGGGUAUCCUUUGCUGAGAGGUCUUCUAAGAAAUUUUGUGUUCGAGCCAUAUUCACAAACUCCUAACAAGGGACUGGAAACGGGAGAUGGAAGCUGGCAUACAAUUACAUCCUUCUGUCAUUUAGUCUCAGCAAAGUACAAGCAGGAUGCAACUGCAUUGCCACUCCAAGUUGUUCGAGUUUAUCCUAUUUCAUGUUGUUUCUGUGCAAGGCUGCCAUGCACAAAGGCAUUCACUUGUAUGACUUCAAGGUGGCAUGAAACAUUGAAGACUUAUUUGCAGAACUGUGUUCUUAAGCUAGAGGCAGCUUUUAAUAACACAAAGGUUUAUUAAUUAGCACUAAAAUUAAAAUGUCUCAGUAUUCUGAUUUUUGAGGACCAUUAUGGGUGAAUCCUUAAAAUAGAAAUUGGUGCCUUGUUAGUCAGGGAGAUUUUUACCACAAGCUCUAUUAGUAAGCAUUCAAAAAUUACAUGUGUUAAUGUAAUGUUGGGAACCUGGCCUUAUUCUCUUCUGACAAUCGAAGGGUCCUUUUUUUUUUUUCUCUUCCCUUUGUAAAUUAUACUGAUACAGUUGACAUUAAGUUAUCAGGGCUGAAUUGCUUUGUGCAUUUCUUACUUAUGAGAAAUUCCCAUUAAGUUAACAUUGAGAUUAAGUUUAAAUGAUACGCGAUAGGGUUAAAUGGUUGACUAAAAUCACUUCCCUUUACUUCCUCACUGACAAGGCAUUUCCAUCUUUCCCAAAGUCAAAGACUGGACUGAAGCUAAAUUUGUACUUUUCAUAAUAUAUAUUCUGCUUCUGGCUUACCUUGUCGGUACAUCAGUAUAUUAAUUGUAAAAAUUAUUGUAUAGUAUUUAACCACCAAAUCUGUGUUCAUGUGAACCCCUUGGUGAAGGCCCCCUUUUCAUGGAUGUGUAGUUAUAUGAUCUUUAAAAUGUACAGAUAUUUUGCUAUAAGAUUGGUGCAGUUUUUUAUGGUUUUUACACUUCUCUUUAAUUCCUACCUAAGCCUCUAGGUAAUACUGUAAAUAUUGUUUUAAAAUGCAUCAGCCUAUGCUACACAAUCUGAAUGUUACUUUAACUUAUAGUCUGUUUUCUGAAAUAUAUAUAUAUUUAACUACAAGGACAGUUUAAAAGUCAGUUACCACAUUUCACAGUAGUAUGCCUAUUUACAGAUCCCUUUUAAACUGCCACUUGCUGUCACAUUCAUAAAUGUGUAGUUUAAAAAGAACAUGCCAAGAUUGUCGUCUUGUUGAGUCAAUAUUCAUCUUGGUGAAUAUAUUAAUUUGAUCAUGAUAUCAGACAAAUACGUGGACCUCCUUCACACAAAUCAGCUGCUUUCCAAAGGUGUGCAUUUGCUUAAAGCAAACUGCCCAUUUCCCAGUGUACAAAUAGACAAUAAUGUUGGCAUAUUCUUCUGUCUGUCUAGUAAUGGCCCUGCUUCUUAGCAAUAUUAGAAAUGUUUUAUAAAAGCAAUUCAUGUUACUUUUCUGGUCUUUUCAUGCCAUUUGAGCAAAUAAACUAUUUACACUA